GGACACAUUCGCCCGUGUCCACCUCAACCUCAACCUCUUCCCUUCCUUUCCCUCUUUCUUCCCUCUCCCCAUCCUCUCGUCCCUUUGACCUUUUCUAUACCCCAUUUCGCUCUUCAACACCAUCAAGAUGUUCAAGAGCGGUCUUGCCCGGACCUUCGGGAGGGCUGCUUUUGCCCGACCUACCUCCGUCGCCCGUCGCGCUUUCCAGCCUAAGACCAAUGGCCUCCCUUCCCUGGCCCGUAUGGCCAGCACUGAGGCCUCUUCCGUUGGAAAGAUUCACCAGGUCAUUGGUGCCGUCGUCGACGGUAUGUGCCGGUCCCCCGUUCCAGAGAAAACCCUGCCGGCGGCUACGCGAAAAUCUUUUCCGAGCCUCGAUUCCAUCCACAAUCCCAUCAAAUUCGACUCAAUGGCCAUCAAAUGAACACGAUAUCUGACUCUCGCCAACAGUGAAGUUCGACGGUGACAAGCUCCCUGCCAUUCUCAACGCCAUUGAGACCGAGAACGGUGGCCAGAAGCUCGUCCUUGAGGUUUCUGUAUGUACACCAAAGAUCGAAGCUACAAUGACAU